UGCAGUGCAAUCCUGAUGAUGCAUACUCAGGAGUAAGUCCUACUGAGUUCAAUCAGACUUCAUUCCCAAGUAAGUGGGAGCCUUAGAAGAUACUACAGAGGUGUGUGUGUGUGCACGCUCCUCCUCUCAUGUUUCCUGAUUCUUUCCUCCAUUCCUAAGUUUCCUCUGGUGAUAGUUUGCUGCUAUGUCUGAAUUGGGUAAAACCAGAGCUCCUGGUCACCUCCAAGCCCUGAUUUGGAAUGAUGGUUUUAAAUGUCAUCACCCUGGGCAAUUGUAGCACCCAUGGUUAAAGGAGACCUGGAAUUGGAAGAAGAGAACCAGAAUUCUUUCUAGGAGGAGGAGCUUCUGUCACGUUCCCUAACUUCCAGACUUUUGCUUAGAAGAAUUGUCUUAACUGAGCCAUCUUGGUGGAAGAAAUGAAAGUCUAGUAGACCAGCUCGCUGCCAUUCAAGUGUUUGGAGCUCUAGUUUCUAUCAGCCACAGCCUGGGGAACCUCUGGCAUAUUCAAAACCCACCUCUCAGAACAAAGAAUUCCAUCUGGACGUGGGUGACUGGCAACUUUUCACUAAAAAGGGGGGGGGGAUAUUGUUUUUUCUGACUUCCAAUGCCAUUGGUUGCCAUUGUUUGAUGUCACAGACAAGCUGAGCACCAAAGGGUUGGGGCUUGCUGAGAGAGGUCAGAACAAGGAUUGGUGCAAGACGGGGCAGAGCAGAUGCAGGGCAAAAAAACUGGAGCCUGAGAAAAGACUACCAUCUGCUGAUAACCAGCCAUGAGCUCCAAACACUUCUUCAUUUGCCUCCUGACGUUUGCCAACACUCUGGCCACAGAGCUGAUGCCAAAGCAAACCACCUCGUUAAGGGACCCUAGACGAAAGGUUUUCCCAUUCAUGCAAAAAGGGGUUCAGAAUUGGGACACUUUCCUACUGAGCAAAAACAAGAAAACUCUCUAUGUGGGUGCCAGAGACACUAUCCUCACCCUUGACAUUCGCACGGACAUCACCAUCAGAGUGAAGCAUGAGAUACAGUGGAGUCCCACGGCUGAUAAAAAGGAUAACUGUGCCUUGAAGGUGAAAAACAAAGAGAGGGAAUGCUUCAAUUUCAUCCGUGUCCUGGUGCAACUGAACGACACACACCUUUACACCUGCGGGACGUAUGCUUUCAGUCCCACCUGUGCUUACGUUGAUCUAACAACAUUCAGUCUGGUGAAAGAUGCAGAAGGCAAGCCCCUCCUCCUGCAAGGGAAGGGUGUCUCUCCCUAUAGCCCUUACUAUGGGAACACCGCAAUCCUCGUUGAUGGCGAACUUUACACUGCCACCCAGGAAAACGUUCCAGGGAAUGAGCCCGUCAUCACUCGAACCCUGGGCAGUAGUUCAGUUUUGAAGAAUGAGCACUGGAUGACUGGUGAUGCAACAUUCGUGGCCUCCUUCAACAUCCCAGCCCCCCCAAAUGACGACAAAGUCUAUUUUUUCUUUUGGGAAACAGCAAAGGAGUAUGACUUCUUUGAGAAAGUCAUCGUCUCCAGGGUUGCUCGCAUCUGCAAGAAUGAUGUCGGGGGAAAAACAUUGCUGCAGAAGAAAUGGACCACCUUUCUGAAAGCACAUCUUUCCUGCGCCCAGAAAGGGCAGUUUCCUUAUACUGUCAUUCAACACGUGUUUGCUGUUCCACACCCAGGAGGCGGUGCAUUUUUCUAUGGGGUCUUUGUUCCUCAAUGGCAGGUGGGAGGUUUCUGGAGCUCGGCAGUCUGCGCCUUCGACCUUAAUGCUAUCAACAAAGUCUUUGAUAAUGGGAGAUAUAAAGAGUUACACCAGAACUGCUCCCGAUGGCUGCCCUAUAAAGGGGAGGCCAUGGAUCCUCCCCCUGGCUCGUGUUCUGUCAGCCCAUCAUCAGACAAAACCCUCGUUUUCAUAAAAGAACAUUAUAUGAUGGAUCAGACGAUUCGGCCACUCUAUAACCAGCCCGUGUUUGUGAAGCUCAAUGUGAAAUACACCCGGAUUACAGUACACCAAACUGAGAACAUCUUGGGAAUUCCCUAUACCAUACUGUUUCUUGGGACAGACCAGGGAGCCAUUCACAAAGUGGUGGUCGUCGGCAGCGAUGCUCACAUCAUUGAGGAGAUCCAGCUGUUUGAGAAGCCAGAGGCAGUCCAAAACUUGCUGCUCUCACCUGAAAAGGGGAUCCUUUAUGUGGGGUAUUCCAAAGGAAUUGUACAAGUCCCAUUGGCCAACUGUGGCAUUCACAAAACCUGUCCUGACUGCAUUUUAGCACGAGAUCCUUACUGUGCCUGGGAUGGAAGGAAAUGCAGUGAUAACUGGAAUAACAAAUACAAAAGCAUGGCAGGAAAGAGUAACUUUAAGCAAGAUGUUGAGACCGGAAACUCAGGCCUUUCGUGCAUGCGCAGCAGUGGGAAGAGCAGAGCCUCCUCAAGGCCAAUCACCUUGAUUGCCGUAGUGGCCGUGGUUUUCUUCUGCUACCCAGACACAGUGAAAGUGAAAAGCAAAGUACAGGGGUGCAGGAGCCCCCUCCAAGCCAAGAAAACAUCCAAGCAAGAGAAAGUCCUGUUCAAUGGCAGCCAGAGCAUUCUGCAAGUGGACCUUGCCAGAAAACUGCUGACAGCUCCAACACCUCCUAUGUCUACGUGCUCCGUUCAGGCUAUCAGGGCUGACAAAAACUGCUUGGACUUGGGCCUGCCAAACAAGGAUGACUCCAGAGGAGCCGUGGCAGCGGAGGAGAUCUAGCCUGGCCUACCUGAUUCCUCACCAGCUGUUGCAGGGAACAACCUUUCGCGAUCUCACCAGCUCACACAGGCAACCUAGCAAGAACAAAAGUAUUGUCACAACUGUGAUGCUAUUACUAAAUGCCACCAGAAAACA